AUGUCUCUUCUGCAGGAAAAGGCAUUGCAGAAUGACCGCUGGGACGACGUGGAGGACGUCGGCGAUGGAUUUCCCUCCCCUACGAGAUCAAAGACCCAGAAGACGCUCCGAUGGGUGGCCUCGACGACAUAUCGAUCCAUCUCCAGCAUGCCGUUUGCUCGCAACGGCCGACUGAGGAAGACGGCGUGGCUCGACGGGCUGCGCGGAUUUGCGGCCUUGCUCGUCUACUUCCUCCACCACCAGGUAUGGGCGCAUUCGGGCCUCAUCAUGGAAAACGCGUACGGGUACAAUGGCCAGUACUACAUGGCCUGUCUCCCCAUCAUCCGGACCUUCUUCACGGGAGGACACUACGCCGUCUCGGUCUUCUUCGUCAUCUCGGGCUACGUGCUCUCGGCCAAACCCAUCUCGCUGAUCCACGCCCGGGACUUCACCAAACUGUCGGAGAACCUGGGGUCGGCGCUCUUCCGGCGCUGGACGAGGCUGUACAUCCCUGUGAUCUGCUCGACCCUGAUCAUCGCCUCGAUGCCCCACGUCUUCGGCGUCAACGCGAACUUCGUCCCCGAGCGCACGUGGAGAGACGAGAUGUGGAAGUGGUACUGCGAGUUCAAAAACUUCAGCUUUGUCUUUCGACUGGGUGGCGAGCCCUGGUUCAGCUAUAGCUUCCACCUCUGGUCGAUCCCGUUUGAGAUGCGCGGGUCCUUGUGCGUGUAUACGGCCCUGUUGGCCUUUUCGCGCUGCUCCGUGACCGGUCGUCUGUGCGCAGAGGUCGGGUUAGCCGCGUACUUCCUCUACAUCGCCGACGGCGCUCACUUUGCCAUGUUUGUCAUGGGCAUGUUCCUCUGUGACCUGGAUCAGCUGGCCGAGCACGGCAAACUCCCCGGGUGGAUGUCGAGGCUGGGCAAGUUCAAGCAGCAACUCUUCUACGGCAUGUUCGUGCUGGGCGUUGUUCUGGGGGGCUGUCCCUCUCACCACUGGGAUAUCCAGGUUCUCAGAGACUCUCCUGUGUGGUCAUGGUUUACGUGGCUCGUGCCACAGGCGGUGUUUGACUACAAAUGGUUCUUCUUGUUCUGGGCGUCGACGUUUACGGUGGCCUCGGUUCCACGCAUAUCAUGGCUCAAGCAGUUCUUCGAGAAUCGGUUUUGCCAGUACCUCGGACGUAUCUCUUUUGCGUUCUAUCUGGUGCACGGACCGGUGCUAUGGAUCAUGGGCGAGAGACUCUACGCCGCGACUGGAUGGGUGAAAGAAUGGCAGCUGACGCAGAUCCCCAAUUGGGUCAAUCGAUGUCCGCUGCCUUCGUUUGGACCCCUGGGGUUGGAGUUUAGCUUUAUCGUCCCUCAUCUCGUGCUAUUGCCGUUGACGUGUUGGCUGGCAGAGAUAGCGACAGUGCUCUUUGACGAGCCCAGUAUUAAGUUCUCUCAGUGGAUGUACCGAAAAGCCACAGAAGAGUGA